AUGUCCACACAUGAUGAAAACCUGAGUUUAAAGGAACUUGAUGAUUUUUAUGCCAAUAUACGAUGGAGAAACCAAUUCUCAAGCAUGGAUGUUCUACCUAAGCACAUUCAAGAUAAGAUCGACGCUAAGAAAACAGUUCUACAACGAUAUAAAAGUGUUCAAAAUGAAUCUUCAACAAAUCAAAUGGAAUCAACCCAACUUAUAAAGGCAACUCCCAGUAACACUGGGUCUUUAGUCGAGAAAGUCUUUGAUUCUUCAAAUGAUCAAUCAGUGAUGACCAGACACAGGGAGCUUAUCGUGCAACAACCAGAAUGGCAUGCUCCUUGGAAACUUAAAAGAAUAAUCAAUGGACACCUUGGAUGGGUCAGAUCCAUAGAGGUAGAUCCUGUUGAUAAUGAAUGGUUUGCAACAGGUAGCAACGAUACAACAAUUAAAAUUUGGGAUUUGGCGAAGGGGAAAUUAAAAGUAACGCUAGCAGGCCACAUAAUGACCGUACGAGACAUUGCCAUUUCCAAACGACAUCCCUACUUAUUUUCAGCCAGUGAAGAUAAGCUUGUAAAAUGCUGGGACUUGGAAAAAAAUAUGGCUAUUAGAGAUUACCAUGGCCACCUAUCAGGAGUACAUUCAGUUGAUAUUCAUCCUACUUUAGAUUUGAUAGCCACAGCGGGGAGAGAUAGUGUAGUGAGAUUAUGGGAUAUUAGAGCGAGAGUAGCUGUAAUGACUCUAAUAGGUCAUAAAAACCCCAUAAAUAAAGUGCAUUGUUUACCAGUCGAUCCACAGAUUGUUAGUUGUUCUACUGAUGCCACAAUUCGUCUAUGGGAUAUUGUUGCUGGUAAGUCCAUGAAGGUUAUAACUCAUCACAAGAAGUCUGUAAGAAAUAUUGCUUUCCAUCCGACUGAAUUCUCUAUGAGUUCCUGCUCUGCAAAUGAUAUUCGGUCAUGGAAGCUCCCAGAAGGUGGGUUAUUGACAAACUUUAACUCAGAUGGCUUGGGGAUUAUCAACACAUUAAGUAUCAACCAAGAUGAUGUGUUGUUUGCAGGUAGUGACAAUGGUAUGCUUUCAUUUUACGAUUACAAGUCAGGGCAUAAAUAUCAGUCGAUGAUGACUAAAGAAAUACCAGGAUCGUUAGAAAGUGAACGUGGUAUAUUAUGUAGUACAUUUGAUCGAACAGGUUUGAGACUGCUUACAGGUGAAACUGAUAAAAGUAUUAAGAUAUGGAGCAUGGACAGUGAUGCCACCCCAGAGACAGACCCCGGUCUGCCUUGGAAUCCUACUUUGGCAGCACAACGAUUCUAG